AUGCGCGUGCGCGUGCACGCAUCCUGGCCUUCCCAGCCCUGUGCCCCAAAGCACCUGGAGCAUAUAGCCUUGCAGAACUUCUUGCCUACCUCCCUGCCUCUGGCCAUGGCCUGCCAGUGCCUCAGCUUCCUUCUGAUGGGGACCUUCCUGUCAGUCUCCCAGACAGUCCUGGCCCAGCCGGAUGCACUGCUGGUCUUCCCAGGCCAAGUGGCUCAACUCUCCUGCACGCUCAGCCCCCAGCACGUCACCAUCAGGGACUACGGUGUGUCCUGGUACCAGCAGCGGGCAGGCAGUGCCCCUCGAUAUCUCCUCUACUACCGCUCGGAGGAGGAUCACCACCGGCCUGCUGACAUCCCUGAUCGAUUCUCGGCAGCCAAGGAUGAGGCCCACAAUGCCUGUGUCCUCACCAUUAGUCCCGUGCAGCCUGAAGAUGACGCAGAUUACUACUGCUCUGUUGGCUACGGCUUUGGUCCCUAG